GGGUCGGGCGCCGAGUCACGUGAGCGGCAAUGUUGCAGCGGGCGCCGACACAGUCGCUACAAUGUAUCGGGGCGGCUGCCUGGCCCUGGGGCUGGCGCUGGGGCUGGGGCUGGGGCUGGGGCUGGCGCUGAGCCUGCCCCGGCCCUCGCUCCCGCCGCCGCCCUCCAGGACCAGCUCGGUGGUCGUGGACGCGACCACGGGCCAGCUCAAGGUGGUGGAGGGCUGGGAGGCCGGGGCCGUCGCCUGGGCCAACCUCACCAACGCCAUCGGCAGCACCGGGUGGGCCUUCUUGAAUUUGGCAACCAAUGGGAACUACAGUGAUGCUCUGCAGGCUUAUGCAGCUGGGGUGGUGGAGGCAGCUGUGUCUGCUGAGCUCAUCUACAUGCACUGGAUGAAUACAGUAGUGGAUUACUGUGGCCCCUUCAAGUAUGAGACCGUCUACUGUGAGAAACUGAAGAACUACAUCGAGCUGAACCUGGCUUGGAUGCAGCAGCAGAUUGCGUCAGGCAAGGACAAGGAAUACUGGCACCAGGUGGAGCUCGCUCUCCUGCAGCUGAAGGGACUGGAGGACAGCUACCAGGGACGCAUAGCUUUCCCAUCCAAGAAUUUCACCAUCAACCCCUUUGGGUUCCUCUUGUUCCAGUUGUCGGGUGAUUUGGAGGACCUGGAGCCGGCCCUGAACAAGACAGAGCAGAGGCGAGUCAUGGGCUCCGGCUCCUGCUCGGCCCUGAUCAAGCUGCUGCCCAACAACAGCGAGCUGCUGGUGUCUCACGACACCUGGAACUCCUACCAGCACAUGCUCCGCAUCAUCAAGAAAUACUCCUUCCACUUCCGGACGGUGCCCACAGGCGAGUCACCGCUGAUUCCUGGAAACGAGCAGGUUUUCUCCUCCUACCCUGGAACCAUCUUCUCCUGCGACGACUUCUACCUCUUGGGCAGUGGGCUGGUGACCCUGGAGACGACCAUCGGCAACAGCAACGCCGAGCUGUGGAAGUUCGUUAAGCCCCAGAACAGCGUCCUCGAGUGGUUGCGUAACAUCGUGGCCAACCGGCUGGCUCAGGACGGGGACACAUGGGCCUCCAUCUUUAAGAAGUUCAACAGUGGCACAUACAACAACCAGUGGAUGAUUGUAGACUACAACGCUUUUACUCCUGGGAAGUCCAAAUCCAUGGAGGGCCUGCUCACUAUCCUUGAGCAGAUUCCGGGCAUGGUGGUGGUGGCUGACAAGACUCAGGAGCUGUACGAGAAAGGCUAUUGGGCCAGCUACAACUUACCGUAUUUUGAGUCCGUGUUCAAUGCCAGUGGGAUGCCUGACCUGGUGAAGCAGUUUGGCGACUGGUUCUCUUACAAGAAUAGCCCCCGGGCCCGGAUCUUUGAACGGAACCAGUCACUGGUGCAUGACAUGGACUCCAUGAUCCGGCUGAUGAGGUUCAACAACUUCCCCAAUGAUCCCCUGUCCCGGUGUGACAACUGCAAUCCUAGGCAGAAUGGGGAGAAUGCCAUCUCAGCCCGCUCGGACCUCAACCCAGCUAAUGGGACGUAUCCCUUUUCCGCUCUCUCCCAGAGAUCCCACGGAGGAAUAGACAUGAAGGUCACUUCUUAUGAGUUGUCCAAAGACUUCCGCCUAAUUGCAGUCAGUGGCCCCACAUGGGACCAGUUACCCCCCUUCCAGUGGAGCUCAUCACCUUUUGACAAUGUGUUACACAUGGGCCAUCCGGACCUCUGGAAGUUCUCCCCCAUCAAGGUCUGGUGGGAUUGAAGCUGGGGACCAGCCCCUCUUCCCACCACCCCAUUAUCCAUAACCCUAGUGCCCUUAGGAGAUGCCUCUUCCUCUCCUCUUCACCCAUCCUGGCUGCCUGUUUGUCUGAUCCUGGGACCCCAAGGAAUAUGCCCGGGCCUGGAGGGCUGAGGCUCCUCCACUUUCUGCUGCUUCCUUGGCUCUUGAGCCAACUGCCUUGUCCAAAGAGGUCCUGAGAGCCUUAGGGAACCACCUGUUCAGCAGCCCUAUCCCCCAACCCUUCCCUCCUGAUCCCCGUGCUCCAGUGGCUUUCCUGGAGAAGGAAGGGAGGGAGGGGGCUUCUGGGUUUUACCUCUGUGGCUGAAACCGUCAUGGAUAUGCUGGACUCUGAGGAACCUGCUUCCUGCCUCCCCUACCUGUCUCGUUGAGAAAGCAGCCUCUCACCUUCCUCUGCUCCUUUCUAGGCACUUCUCACUUACAGCUCUGUUUACUGAGACUACAUAUCCCCAACCAGGCUUUUGCGCUCACCUAGACAGUGGUGGUGGAGGAGCUAGGCGUGACCCCCUUGCCUCAUUCCCACCCUGUCCAUACGUUCAGCCUCCUUCCUUAGACCGCCCUUCAGAAACAAAUUUGGAAAACAAACACACACACCAAAGUAUAUCAGCCCUUCCCCUGAAACCCUGGACUUGGACAUGUGGGGGCUUUGGAUUUCCCUGGCUUCCUGGGCUCUGGGUCUUUUCUGUUCCUCUUCCCUGCUUCCUGAAGGGAGCAACCUGGCCUCUCGUGCCUGACCCUGCCAUAAGUGGGAAUUAUAGAGUGAAGACAGGCCCUUGAGUCAGUGGGGGGACUCCUGGUAGAGUGGUCCCUUGCUGACAUUUGCCUCAGCUUGCCCCCAGCCUUUCACCUCCUCGUCCUAGCUCACUGUACCACCCCUCCCGGCCAGGUCCCCUCCCUAGCCAGGUUCCCUCCGGGGGGCUGGGAAGGCUGGCUGUGCUCACUGCCCCAGAGAUCUCGGAGGGAAGGUUGGGCUAGGGAAGCGGCUACCUCCAUGGAGGCCGGUUGGAGAAUACAGAAUGUCUUCCUCUUCCUGACCCCUCUCUGCUGCGGUUCCUUCCUCCCCUCCCAGGGCUGAGCUCUGCCACACUCAGAGUGCCUGUGAGGUUUGAGGGUUGGGCCUCGGGCUCUCUUGUUGCCAGGCCACAGAUGGAUGCAAUGUGAUUAAAUGAGAGACUUUAUCGCCUCCA